AUGCCGCGCAUCCGGACGAGCCGUACGCGCCCGCCGCCCGAGGGGUUCGAGGACAUUGAGCCGAUCCUCGAGGAGUAUGAGACGAAAAUGCGCGACGCAGAGAACGAUCCGCACGAGGGCAAGCGCAAGGCCGAGUCGAUUUGGCCGAUCAUGCGCAUUACACACAUGCGCUCGCGCUACAUUUACGACCUGUACUACAAGCGCGAGGCCAUCAGCCGCGAGCUGUACGACUGGCUCCUGGAGCAGCAGUAUGCGGAUGCAGCAUUGAUUGCCAAGUGGAAGCGCUCGGGGUACGAAAAGCUGUGCUGCGUGCGCUGCAUCCAGUCGAGGGACAUGAAUUACGAGGGAUCGACGUGCAUCUGCCGCGUGCCCAAGGCGCAGCUCCGGCCGGAGGAUGCCGAGGGUGGAAAUGGGCCUUCGUCAACAUCUGUGCCUGCUGCCGUACAGUCGAAUGAGCAGUGGAUGAUGCGCCUGAACCGCGAAGGUCUGCCGAUCUGCAAAGACCUGCACGGCCUGUACACGACGAUGCUAAUCUCGCUGUGCGACCGCUGGCCCGACUGGCGGUACAGCCUUGCGUUUGUCCUCCCUGCCGUGGUGCAGCGCAUGCAGGCGCUGCAGUUUGUGCAGAUCGUUCGCGACUCGGCCGGCGGCUUGCACAACAUGCUCUCGCUGAGCCAGGUCAAGACGUCGUUUAUUAUGAGCACGGAUACGGCGUGGCGGAUAUGCCAGGCGUUCCUAGACGCGGGCCUCCUCGAACGUGCCCAGCGCACGGACGGCGACGUAUACGCCCCGACGCCCAAGGGCCUGCACCUGGUCGACCGCUUCGUGACGCGCCACGGUAUCGCGACACGAUCGGUGAGCAAUCUGCUAAACAUGCACCCCGUCUGUGACAAGCUCCUGUUUCUGGAGCGUGAUGACCAGGACGACGUGCUGCUGAGUGAUAAUGUCGUACGGAUUGUCUUUCACCGUCUCGUGGGCCUCACGCCGCGGCGUGAGGAGCCGAGCGCGCUCGGCCUUGCAUUAGAGACGACGCAGGCGCGCGACGCGACAGGUCAGGCGUACGAGACCGCGUGCUUUGCUUCGAUCGAUGCGCUCUUGUGGCUCGUCAACUACACGACGCUCGUCUCGCUCGACGAGGCCGCGAUUCUCUGUGCACACAUGAUCCGCCUCGGCUGGAUCGAGGCAGAGCUCGGCAUGCCGCCCGAGCACUCGAGCCGCGUCGCAACAGUGCGUGUGGACGACGAGCUGCGGAUGGAUGGCGCGGCAGGCGAGGGCACGUUUGUCGAAGGAGAGGUAUACCAUAUUACCGAGAGGGGCGCGAGCGUCGCGUGGCACGUCGACUGGGACGAGGCCGUGCUCUCGAAUAAUGCCCCGCCGCGGCCACCGACGUCCAUGUCGGAUGCACAAAAGGCGCACGAAAUGCACGCCGUUUCGCCGCGUCUCGACGCAUUCGAGCUGUACGGCGCGUACGCGAAUCAGCCCGGCGCGGUGUCGCCCGCCACGUCGCCAAUCCAGGGUAUGUCGCCGUACAUGGGCAUGUCGCCCUUGCCGCACACGUCGCCGCUGCCGCGCCCGUCGCCAUUGCCGCGGUCGACGGCGCUGCCGAAAGAAAAGACGGCACCGAGCUCGACGCUGCGGCCCGACGCAGCGACGGGGCUCGGCCUCAAGCUCGGCGGCGAUGCACCCGGAGCGGCACAGACGCACGACGCGCCCCAAGGGACCAGCACGGUGCGUGCAGCUCCUGCGAUGCCCGAGGCGGCCGCGACGCCUGCACCGGCGGUGCCUGCCGCGGCGGCACCUCCGCCUGCAGCCACUGCAGUACACACACCGGCCGCGGCACCUGCGGCCGCAACACACACACCGGUCGCUGCGCCUGCGGCCGCUGCGCGUGCCGAAGACCCCGGCUCGCUCGCAUACAUCCUACACGACCCCAAGCUGCGCCGCGCCUUUUCUGCAUUCCUUUCUACGGGUAACGCCGCGCUCCCUCUGCAGUUCUGGUGCGAAAUCGAGUGGUUCCGCAACGACUGCCGCGUCGCGUCGAGCGGCCAGACGCCGCAAGAGCCGGCCGAUGCCGUGGCCGAGCUCCCCUCGCGGGCCCCCGAGGCGCGUGCCAGCGUCGAUGGCCCCAAAGAGCGUGCAGCGCUGCGGCCCGUGCUCGAGACGCGCGCGCGCACGCGCAUCGCGCCGUUCCUGACCCCCGAAGCGGUCGCCGAGCUGCGGAUCGGGGAGCUGGACGCACUGACCAAGGUGCUCCAGGCGUACACAGAACCCACGCAUCGCGCGUUGCCCGGCACAACCGAGGCCGCUCGCGAGAGCGAAGUGCAGCUUGCCCAGCUGCUUGUGCAGUGCGCCGCGGCGCAGAAGCUGGUGUACAACCGCCUCGCCGACGUGCCCCGCAAGCAGUUUUUGGCCGCGCGCGGCGAAUUGUAA